AACAAUAUUAUUAGAGCCUGGAACCGAUAUAUUAUAGACACAUAAAACACCCCCACCAUGUCGGUUGCCUUUGCUUCUGCUCGCCCAAGAGGCAAAGGGGAGGUCACCCAGCAAACUAUCCAGAAGAUGCUAGAUGAAAAUCACCACCUAAUACAAUGUAUUAUGGAUUAUCAGAGCAAGGGGAAAACUGCAGAAUGUACUCAAUACCAACAAAUCUUGCACAGAAACCUGGUUUACUUGGCAACAAUAGCAGACUCUAACCAGAAUAUGCAGUCCCUGCUUCCUGCUCCACCAACGCAAAAUAUAAACUUGGGCCCGGGAGGGAUGAGUCAGAGCGCAUCCAACCAAUCCCUCCACUCCCAGAGCAAUCUCAGCGAUGCCAUCGGGACCGGCCUUCCUCCUUCCUCCCUCAUGCAGAGUCAGAUUAGCAAUGGUCCUAACCACGUGUCUAUGCAGCAGUCAGGCCAGAACACCAUGCCCACCACCUCUCUGAGUAUGACUGUGAGCAGCCACGGGACUGGCCCUGGUUACAGCCACACGGUGCCUGCGUCUCAGAACGUGCCCAUGCAGGGCCAGGGGUCAAUAGGCAAUUACGUGUCUCGAACAAACAUCAACAUGCAGUCCAACCCAGUCUCCAUGAUGCACCAGCAAGCAGCAACGUCACAUUACAACUCUGCCCAGGGAGGGAGCCAGCACUACCAGGGACAAUCCUCCAUUGCCAUGAUGAGCCAGAGCAACCAAGGCAACAGCAUGAUGGGGCAGCGACCCAUGGGCCCCUACAGAGCCUCACAGCAAGGUUCCUCGCAGCAGUACAUGGGUCAGGAGGAAUAUUACAGUGAGCAGUACAGUCAUGGCCAAGGCUCAUCAGAACCUAUGAAUCAGCAAUACUAUCCAGAUGGACAUGGUGAUUAUGCCUACCAGCAGUCAUCCUAUACUGAACAGAGCUAUGACCGGUCGUUUGAUGACUCUACACAACACUACUAUGAGGGAGGAAAUUCUCAGUACAGCCAGCAGCAGGCAGGAUACCAACAGGGAGCUGCACAACAGCAAACAUAUUCCCAGCAGCAAUACCCAAAUCAACAGAGUUACCCAGGACAGCAGCAAGGAUAUGGUCCUGCACAAGGAGCCUCUUCACAGUAUUCCAGCUACCAACAGGGACAGGGGCAGCAAUAUGGAAGUUACAGAGCUUCCCAGACAGGCCCAUCCGCUCAGCAACAGAGGCCUUAUGGCUAUGAGCAGGGACAAUAUGGAAAUUACCAGCAAUAAAAGAAUACAGUGCUGUGUCAGAUUCCUUUCAAUAAUAUCUCGAUCUUUUGAACUGGAUGUACAGGCAGUUUUGAUUAAUUGUAAUAUGUUGGUUACCCCUUAGCACAAAGCAGCGUCUGUAUGUGAACAGUGUUCAUUUCAUGCUGGAUAUGAAGCAGUGCACUACUGGUAACAAGACAAUGCUUUAAUGGUUUGAUAUUUGGUGCUGUGUAUAGUACUGUAUGUUGAUACAAUGCAGAAGUUUUCCAUUUACCCCCUCUUGUACCAUUCUUGAUGUUUCUGAAUAGCUUUAGGAUCAUUAGAUCACAGUUGUGCCCCGUUCUGGAAAGCAGCCAGGUUGUUCUGCAGUCUGGCUCAAUGCAAAGCCCAUCAGUCACAUCUCAGUCCAGGGGAGUUCCCUGUGGUAAGUUAUUGAUCUUUUUUUGACUGGAUGCAUUGAAGAUUACCUGCCAGCCUCCAAAAUCCACGGCUCUUCAGUUUACUUCUACAGAACAAGGGGAUGGAUACAUUCCUUAUAAAAAGACAGUUCUAUGCUAUAUGACAAAAAAAUAACUGCAACUUCUGUAAGACCUACCUACCCAAAUCCUAUAAUUCAGCAAUCUGCAUAAGUCCACAUUUCUGUUGUGAGAGGUACAGAAAGAGGAUCCAAACCUAUGAUCAUAGAAAUGUUAAUAAAUAGAGGCACCUUUUAUAUGUCCGUGUAAACAAAGGUAUUUCUGUUGUGGAAAGAAAAACAGAAGGGAGCUCUGAGACCUGCAGUGUCAGCCUGCUCGAUGUCAAUAUUGCUUCAUAUUGUGCUUAGCUGAGAAAAACAUCUGGCAGAAGUCCCAUCUUGAAUAUCCUACUCCACAUUUUAUAACUUGCAUAUACAUUUUUGUGCCAAAUUUUGCAAGCAGGUGGCUGGCAUCCUUCUUUAUUCUGAUUCUUGCGCUGCCCUUGCUCAGAUUCCCCAGCAAGCAUUAUAACCAUAAAUGUUGUCAAAUUUGUUGGUCUGUUGUUCUUACAGCUCAUCAUCACUUUUAUUUUCCUACUGUAGCUUGACAGAAAAAGUAGUUCAGAGGUAAAAGAAAAAAAAAAGCAUCUUUAUUGCAGACAAGCAAUUAAAUUCACUUUUAAUUGCGGGACACUAUUAUGCAUAUAAAGAGGGGAGCUAUUAAUGGGGUCAACCAGUGAGAGAAUACCUACAGAGGGAGAAUUUAGAGAGAAAAACUAGUGGUAUGUAAAAAUCAGUACGAACAAUGUAAGUCAAUUCUAUUCAGUUUUAUAUGUUCUUAUAAAGUCUUGGGGAGGGGGCGAAAAAAAGGCACUUUGAAAGUGCUUAUAUAAGUGUUGAACAAAAUAUUGUGUCCAAAUUUCCCUGAAGCAAAAAGCUGGGGUAGCUGUAACUCACAAACAUUUUUUGAUAUGAGAUUAACUGCAAAUUUACAAUCUAAGGUAAAUA